UAGCACUGUUCUACACCACACUCGUAAGGAUAAAUGGUUGCAAGAAUAGAGUCCUAAUGUAUAAGUGUCAUUGGAAGCAACAACAAAAAAUGUUGCAACUUAUUUAAAAAGUAGUGGCCAUACGAAAAACUCACAGUUGCAGUUCUACCAUAAAGCAGAAUGUACGUACUCACUGAAAUACUUUGUAUGUCAUACUAAAAUCUAUGUUUCUGCAGCACGAACAAAAUGCUGAAGUUUUAUGUGAAUUCGGAAAAAUACACUUUCAAAAGCUGCCAUUGCCAGGUGGAUGACAAAUUCAUUCAGUUUCUUGAAGUAUUUCAAGAAGUACUGAGGCUAUGAAAGUUAACAGUGGUCUGACCCUCUAAUUAUCGAGGGAGGUGGCGCAGUGGCUAGCACACUGGACUCGCAUUCGGGAGGACGACGGUUCAAUCCCGCAUCUGGCCAUCCUGAUUUAGGUUUUCCGUGAUUUCCCUAAAUUGCUCCAGGCAAAUGUCGGGACAGUUCCUCUGAAAGGGCAUGGCCAACUUCCUUCCCUAAUCCGAUGAGACCGAUGACCUCGCUGUUUGGUCUCUUCCCCCAAACAACCCAACCCCCAACCCUGAAGUUGGUUGUGCCAUAUGUGUACUAACUACAGAAGCACUUGGCUGAGAAUGAAGCAGACAGUGAGAUAAGAACACACAAAUAUGAAAAAUGGAUAUGUAACCACAUAAAAUUUAAAUUUUUGGUCAUAUAUUUUAAAUACCUGCAACAGGAUGAGAGAUUAUAUUUGAAGAAGACAGUGUGCCUCAAUAUUGUCAAUUAUUUUCAGGAAAUAGCGCUGCUGAAAGCAUGGACUCUGAAUUUCUUACGUGAAAAAAUGGAAAUAAAGCCUGUGCAUUUGCUUGCAUUAUUUCUAGUAACACAGGCACAUCACAUGAAGCAACUCUCAGUAACAAAGAAAGAGGAAGUUCACGCCAUCCACACCCAUGUUUCAAGUGUGGUGCACUUCAAGAAUGUAAUACAGAGGAUGAAGCCUCACCAUCAAUGCUUUCAAAACUUGCAUUGGGAUGAGGAGGAAGAGGAAACUGUCGAAGUUCCCAUGUAUCUGUUAAUGGGAAAACUAGAUCAGGGACAGUCACUUCAGGAGAAGUGGAAAUCAAGAGCAACAACUUAUCCUGGACCGUUGCAAGAGGCACAAGAAGUUCUAUGUAAACCUGUGUCUAGUGCUUCCAGUGAGAGGAUAUUUAGUAGAGCUGUGGUUGUUAUUCACAAUAAAUGUAAUAGAAUAGCUAUGGAAAAUGUGAAUGACCUACUUAUGGUGCACUAAAGUAGCAAUGUAAGUUUCACAUUCAUUUCCAUAACACACUAUUUUCAUUAUCAUAAACCUCUAAGGUUAAUGCCUUGUUUUGGGAAUAAAUUUCCAGGAGGCUGUUAUAGCAUUAUGAGAAGAGGAAUAUUUCUUUAUUUACUUGAAGAAGGAAAUUUUCAAUGAAGUUUGUACGUAUUUAUUGUCUGUAGUUUGUGCUCUUACACUAUUUCAGCAUUAAAUUUUAACAAAUAUAUUUGUACCCAAGAGAUAAUUUAGGGGCUGCUUCGUACAACUGCAGUGUCAUAUAUAUAUUUUUGCAGGUACCUAAGAGCAGCAGUUUCUAAACUUUUUCGA